GGAAUAAAAACCAAAAAGCUGAUGCUUGUCAAGAAUCGAAGUCGCCUUUUAAAGAAAAAAACAUAUCUUUGCGUCUACAGCGAUUCUGCUUGCUUCUUCGUCCAGGAGAUAUGAGUUCCUCCACUAGUGGUGUCGCUGUGAUUUGGGACUACCAAUAUUAUUGGAUUCCCCAUGGCUACGAUCUCCGGAAUCUCAAAACGAGCAUUGAAACUGCCCUCAAAAGAUGCAAUCCUGAUUUCUUCAUAGAGGGGAAACUGACUGCCGUUGGAACUGCCACUGGAGACAAACAUCAAGCCAUUGCCAUGCUCCCUGAUGAUAUCGAACUCUCACCCAUGCCAGAUUACCACACUCGAGGUCCAGGCCGUGACUUGGCAGAUCAAGCUGCCACUUCUAUAAUCAGAGAGAUCAUCAUGAAAUCGUUUGCCGGCAGGGCUAACAUUUUGGUCAUUUCUGGAAACUAUCAUGUGAUGGAUGCGAUUAACCAAUGGAGAAGGGAUACCUUUAUGAUGUUGGCCCUACCUGAAAGCUCCCCGUCACUAAGCUUCUACGACUGUGCCAACGUGACUUGGCUUUGGACUUCGGAAGAUCCUGAGAGAGCUGCUGCUACUAUGGUUAAUGGAGGUGGACCUAUCCCUCCUGUCCCCAGUGUUAGAGGAUGAGCUAAAUAGUAUGGUGGUAUGUAUAACAUGAGCUAUUAGUAAUAUCAUCUGUUUUUAGUUCCAGACUCUGUUUUGCUGCGUUGUUUUAGUUUUAGACUCUCUCUUUAGUUGCUUUGUUGUUUUAACAUCAUCUAACUAAUAUGACUUUUGAGUAAUAUUGUAGUAUUUAGCU